AUGCACUAUACUGGGCAGAGUAAGGGAUCGGCUCCUUGGACGGCUAUUGGAUCAAAGUUACUUGACUUCAUUGAUCUAGAAUAUAUACCCCCGGCUUGGAGAUCAGUAAAUGGAGAAGGUAACAACUUUUACAAGUUUCUUGAUCCCUCCAAAUUCCCGAUGGAGAUGGUCACUGAAGCUCUCCAGUUUUGGUAUGAACGUCAAGAACAACACAAAGUCGCCUUUCGAUUUAAAUCCUUUCUUGAGGGGAAAAUGCUGCUGGAAGCACCUCCACGAAGGAAAAUCAAAGUUCACGUUCCUAAACCUCAUGUUCAUAGUGUUGGGAAGGGCAAGAAGCCCGGCAGAAGCAAGGGUCAAAGGAGAGGCCGGGCAGCAACCGAGUCACCAUCAGAUGAGGAAGCCAGGCCAAAGAGAAAGGAAGGGGUGGAAGAUCGGCAGUUCGAUGACAACAGUUGGAAGGAUUUGGAUGUGGACAAACCGGCCAAGAAACGAACUGAACAGUUUUCUAAGGAUGACUGGACUCCUGAUCGGGAUGGCUCCGAUGACGAUGGAGAAGACUUGGACAUGGAGAAACCAACCAAGAAACCAACCAAACAGCAUGACGAACAUCGUGAGGAUGGCUCCGAUGAUAGUGACUCAGACUCCGAUAAUGGUCAAGAGAGGCCAAAGCAGGAUACUCUGACCGAGCCCACAGUGAAACCUAGCAGGGUCAACCCGACCUUGGAAGAGGAUAGAGACUCGGGAUCAGAUUUGGGCUCAGACGAUGCUACGAUCACUGUAGAUACCAGCCCCGAGCUUCAGCCUCGGUACAACGACACCCGGGCUCUCUCCCAUGAAGUACCAUCGGACACUGAGGUCUUGGCUGAUGAUACAUUUUGGGAAGCUGACCUGGGCUGUGGGGUGGAGUCGGCCGAUCGAGCGAAGAAGAGAAAAUUCACUGAUGAGGAGGAUACACCCUGCAAGUUUCCUCGGUUAGAGAAGGGUUACAAACUUGGCCCGAGGAGUGCCUGA